GUGUGGCACUCUGAGCUGGAGUCAGCAUGAUGAUUUCACCACUCCCGAAGGUGACGUGGAGAACAGCGCCGCCUCUUUUGCUGCCCAAUUCAGAGUGGGCUCCUGUCCUGCGCCCUCAUCGAUGACCUCUGACCCCUGCGGGACGUUGACCCAGCGCAGACAGCUGGCAGAGAGAGUGUGUUCAGUCAUUCACAGCAAUGUCUUUCAGGCGUGUCAUGAUGUGGUGGACAGAGAGCCGUUCAUGCGUCUGUGUGUCAGUGAAGUGUGCAGCUGCGGCCAGCAGACGUCCUGCCAUUGCUCCGUCCUCACCGCAUACGCCACACACUGCGCUCAAGAGGGGGCGCUGCUGAGCUGGAGGAAUCACACAUUCUGCCCGGUGCAGUGCUCUGGAGGGCAGGUGUAUCAGGAGUGCGGGCGUCUGUGCGGGACGUCCUGUGCUGACCUGUGGGACGGCUGGAGGUGUGAGCCGGAUGAGGGCAGCAGGGUCUGUGUUUCGGGAUGUCAGUGUCCCGAUGGACUGGCGCAGGAUGCUCAGGGUCAGUGUGUGCCUGUCCACAUGUGUCCCUGUAGAAGCGGAGACGCUCUCCAUCCUGCGGGCAGCUCCAUAAUCAACAACUGCAACACCUGUGUUUGUACACGUGGAGCAUGGAACUGCACUGAUCUCUCAUGUCCAGAGCUCAAUCAGUGUCCAGGCUCUCUGAUCUUCUCUCCUCGCUCCUGUCUGAGGACCUGCUCCACUCCAAACUCUCCUCUGGACGCCUGUACUGAACCCAUCCACGGCUGCAUCUGUCCGGAGGGCACUGUACUACUG